AAAUCACAGAGCAAGACGGCAAAAGUAAAUAUGGCGGAGGAACCGAUUACUACCACUGUCGCCACGCCGGAAAAUCAACCACCGGCGGUACUGACACCUCCGGGAGAAUCGAAGUCUACUCAGGAAGUCUGGGCGACGAUAGAGGCGGAAGCUCUGGCGAAAGCGACUGGGACUGAUCCGCCGGAAACCACCUCCAAGCCGGAAGAAGAAACCGCCGCAGCUCAGCCGGAGGUGUCGCCGGAAGAGCAUCAUCCGCCGAAGGUGACGGAAACGGAAACGGCGUCGACGGAUAAGAAAGAGCUCGGAGACGCGGCGUCGCAGAAGGAUGAAGCUGGCGAAGAAGAGAAGAAGAGAAUUCCGCAGAAUCUGGGCUCGUUCAAAGAAGAAAGCAGCAAGCUUUCGGAUCUAUCCGUUUCCGAGAAGAAAUCUCUCGAUGAGCUGAAGCAUCUUGUGCGAGACGCUCUGGACAAUCACCAAUUCGGCUCGAAUCCUAAACCGGAAGACUCCGACACACCGGAAGAAGUCGCGAUCUGGGGAAUCCCGCUGCUGAAAGACGAUAGAAGCGACGUCGUUUUGCUGAAAUUCCUAAGAGCCAGGGACUUCAAGGUGAAAGAUUCGUUGGCGAUGCUCAAGAACACAAUCAAGUGGAGGAAGAAUUUCAAGAUCGACGAGCUGGUGGAUGAAGAGCUCGUGGAUGAUCUGGACAAGGUCGUGUUCAUGCACGGACACGACCGAGAAGGUCACCCUGUCUGCUACAAUGUCUAUGGUGAGUUCCAGAACAAGGAGCUCUACAACAAGACUUUCUCUGAUGAGGAAAAGAGGAAACAUUUCUUGAGGACGAGGAUUCAGUUCUUGGAGAGGAGUAUAAGGAAGCUAGAUUUCAGCUCCGGUGGGGUUUCCACGAUUUUUCAGAUCAACGAUAUGAAGAAUUCUCCAGGAUUAGGGAAGAAAGAGCUUAGAUCGGCGACCAAGCAAGCCGUGGAGUUGCUUCAGGACAAUUACCCUGAGUUUGUCUUUAAACAGGCCUUCAUCAAUGUUCCAUGGUGGUACCUUGUGUUUUACACUGUGAUUGGACCGUUCAUGACACCACGAUCAAAGAGCAAGCUUGUGUUUGCUGGUCCAUCAAAAUCAGCUGAAACCCUUUUCAAAUACAUCUCACCUGAACAAGUCCCGGUUCAAUACGGAGGAUUGAGUGUAGAUCCUUGCGACUGCAAUCCAGACUUCUCCUUGGAUGAUCCAGCCUCCGAGGUCACUGUUAAACCCGGAACAAAGCAAACCGUUGAGAUCAUAAUCUAUGAGAAAUGUGAGAUCGUGUGGGAGGUAAGGGUAAUUGGAUGGGAAGUGAGCUACAAGGCAGAGUUUGUGCCGGAAGAGAAAGAUGCUUAUACGGUGGUUGUACAGAAACCGAGGAAGAUGAAACCAUCUGAUGAACCGGUGUUGACCCAGAACUUCAAAGUGAAUGAGCUUGGCAAGGUUUUACUCACAGUUGACAAUCCAACCUCUAAGAAGAAGAAGCUCGUUUACAGGUUCAAUGUCAAACCUCUCUGA